CUUCAAGGUGACAGAAUCAAAGAAAAUUUUUUUUCAAAAGAACUUUUGCUCAAUUAUGUUCGUGUUAGUUUUAGUUCAUAUAUCAUUUGAUUGUGUUGCAUGCAUGAGUUGUAUUUCCUAGUAGCAGAACUUCCUCAACACAAUCAUGGCUCAACACCAUGUGCUCAUUGUGCUGUGCUGCUGGUGUGUCAUGAGCUGCGCUGCUAACAUCAGCAGUCACAGUGAUAGACAGUGGCCUCAUGGGCGCUGCAGUUGCACAGGUGGCAGCCCAGGCUGGACAGAAGGUGCGCCUGGUUGACGUGGUGGCUGCUGCAGUGCAGGCUGCCCUAGACCGCUUCAAGCCGUCACUGCAGCAAGUGCCCAAGAAGAAAUUUAAGCUGGCUCCACCACUCACAAUAUUGGCCUCCAACACCUCCUCGCUGCCCUCCAUCCGCGCCAUCGCCAGUGCGGGACCAGUUCACAGGGCCCAGGGCUGCACUUCUUCGGGGCCAGUUGGUAACACCCCUCUGUUUCAGUGCACCUGUAACCCGGCUUCCCUCUACUUGUCCUUCCUUUCAUUGUUUAUUAAAUGCAGAGAAAGUUGCUCGUGUUUUGAUUUGCAUCCCGUGACGAGGCCCGGUUGCGCAGCCCAGCAGACUGAGAGCUUCUGCUGUGCUGCCUGCAACAAGGCCUUCUCCAGCCGCGGCUCUUAUGACUCGCACGUCAGGUCACGGCGCCACGCCUCCAACCUUGCUGCCAUCAACAAAACUUUGCAAGCGCAGGCAUAUGAUGGGGACGCUUGCCUGGCCUUGCCUGCUGAGUCGCCCGAGACAGAACUACAGGAGGGGGACUGGCAGGACGUGGAGGAGGAGAGGCCUGACGCUGGACGAGCAGGCUGGCCGCGGCUGCAGGAGCUCUGCAGGGCGGGCGUCUGGCCGUGCCUGCUGUGCCGUCAGGAGACGCCCACCGCGGGCGCCGCUCUUCGUCACGUGGGGCGCCGCCACGGCCUCGUCGUCCCCCACGCCCACGCCGUCCGUCCACGCGCGCUCUACCUCGCCCUCGCCCACAUGAUGUUGUGCCAGCGGCAGUGCUGGCAGUGUGGCAGGCAGCUGGCGUCAGUGCGCUCGUGCCAGCAGCACAUGCUGACCAAGCCUCACCUCACGCUGCCUCUGCCAGGACCUUACGACGACUGCUACUGCUGGCAACGACUGGAGGCGGCGGUGUUGCUGGCGGCCACCGCGUCGCAGGCGGCGGCCGAGGCGGGCGGCGGGGGGGCGGCGCUGACUCUGCCCACGGGGGGCGUCGUAGGGCACCGCCGCUGCGCUCGCCAUCGUCGCCCGCCACCCGCCGCUCUGGUGGCGGUGAAGACGCCACCCCCGCCCGCCAGGCCCCGCCAUCCUGGCCGCCACAACGCCGGGACGGUGGUGGGGCGCUCCACGAGAUG